AGAUUAUUGUUUUGGAAAUUUGCAUCUGAUUUUCUUGUUCUGUCGUUCCUAAGUUUUUGAUUUCAAUAUUAGCAAAAUGUCAAAUAUCCACAUACGUUUUCGGCCAUGACAAGCUUCAGAAGUGAUGGCCAAAUUCUUCCGCCUUCAUUUAUUCUCUCCUGGAUCCGAGCCCCAUCAUCGUGCUUGUCACCGAAAACGAAUUCAAUCAAAAGGAUCCCAUCAUCAUCAUUGCUCUCUUGUAAGUCUUCCAUCGACCGUCUGUUGGCCUUGAACGGAACACUCCAGUGUAGCUAGCCAAAGACAGCAACAUGAUUGACCCACCCGCAUCCGCCGAGGAGGAGGAGGCUCCAGCCCGAUGCUACAAGGACAAUGACGAUAGUAGUGGCGAGGAUGAGAAGAAGAAGUACCCGGAAGAAUUCUUUCAGCAAUGGCUGGACAAGAACAAGAAGGAGCUGACCGACAAGGUUCCUACGAUGGACCCUUCUCGUGCCAAAUUCUUUCAAGCCGCUUGUCAGCACGUGCAAGACUGUCAGACGGACCUCGCCACGGCCACCAAGAAACGAGAUGAAAUUCAAAAGCACAAACCAGUCGACAAGGAUGCUCUCGAGAAAGCCAACCAGGCGGUCGAUGCGGCCGCCAAGGCAUUGGCGCAAUCCAAAGACGACGCUUUGAAACAGAGUAUUCCACUCUUGGAUGCCUGGGAUUCACACACCAUGGCGGAUGACACGCACAAAUUGCUGCUCGUGACUGACGUUCUUUUGCAAGCCACACCCAAGGGAUUGGCCCAAUAUUGUGCGUCGGCCACGGACGAUCAAGCCAAGGCGUUGGUACAACUCCUCCAAGAUCCUCGGCAAUAUCCUCUCUUGGAGACCAUGGUCUUGGCCGGAGGCGCCAAAAAUGGAAAAUACGGAGCCGCUCUCGAAUUGUACAAUGCGCUCGAACCACACAUGAUCCAUCCCAAAGAUCCCGUGCUCCAGCGUCUUCGAUUGGCCGUGGCAUUGGAAUUGGCCGAACCCAUUGGGGCAUUUCAUUUGGACGGCAUCUAUAUCGAUCCCAUUCAUCGCUAUUGUCAUUACCAAGAUGCCUGGCGAUUUGGAGCAUUGGAUCCGGUGUUUGGAACUGUAUUUGGCGUAUGGGAAAUGCGCAUGAUUGUCGACAGUCUCGCUCCCGAUGACCAAUUGGCGUGGUGUCGAGAAAUGAUGCGCAAUUAUCGUCCCGAUCACAUGCUAUUGGCCGACAAGUGGCGGUACUGUCGCAUUGUCCGAUCCGAUGUCUUUUAUACCGGCAGGCCCAAUUGGGAUCCCAAUCGACCUUUGGAUUUUCCACAAAUUCUGUCAGGAGGUGGAGAAUGCGGACCACGGGCUUGGAUGGGUCGGUUUGCUUGCAAGGCAUUUGGUAUCCCCACUUGGGGCGUGAAAGAGCCAGGACACGCUGCCAUGUCCCGUUGGACUGCCGAUGAAGGAUGGGUGGUCUGCUUGGGAGCCGCCAUGAAAGUCGCCUGGUGGGACUCGGAGCAUGGACUACACUUCCAGGUGGAUGCUGCCGCACGCAAAGUCUUGGCGCCAAAAGAUGAUUUGGGAAAACCUAACGUAGCCUACGGUGUCAAGAUCUUGGCCAUGGAAUGGAUUGCUCAUCUCAAUGGGGAAUCGCCUGGACAGGUCGUUCGCAAUUGCAUGCCAGAUCCCAAGGCACUUUGGUUUUCUCUGUCCUUGAUGCAACGAAAGCGCAUUGCUCCGCCACCAUCGGAGCUUGACGAUGACGAUGAUAUCGUCACCAUCCACAACAACAACACCAAAAGUCAACCACCGAUCCCACAGUUGGAACGACUUUUGUUGCGCAACCAGACCAUUACCGAAGACAUUGUGACUCUGGGCAACGGCACAGUCAUCAUCCCCGCGGCCAAUACCAGCGAUCCUACCAAGAAUACCGGAAAUGUCUUGUUCAUGGAUAGCUUCUUGGGAGGAAAGCAACUCUUUAUUAAGGACAAGGAUGGGCAUGUCGAGUACACACUCACAUCGCCGCCACCAGGAGGCAAGUAUCAGCUGACUUGUCAUUGUGUCAAUGUGCACGACGACAAGGUCAAGCCACCCCUCCUCGUGACAAUUGACGGCGGAGAAGAUGGAGAUGAUCGCGGAGACGACGGAGUCAUCUUGCCGCAUGCGGAUGACAAGCUGUGUUCCGUUUAUUCCGUUGCUCUCCCAUACACCAAGGGGAUGUGGCAGGAAACUGCUCCCGUUGUGGUCGAGGUCCCCACGGGAGUGUCCACGUGUAAGAUUGCCUUGUCGAGGGACGGUAGCACUGGUACCGCACGCGGAUUGGUCCUCAAGGAGCUCAAGUUGGUCCCGUUGAAGAAGCUCGAGUGAGCGAGAUAGUUACAUCGGUUGAUCUUCCCUGGUUGGGUUGGAUUGGACGCUUCUACAAUACAUGUAUUGCAUGCUUUUACGAUGACAGUCUUUCUACUAACACAAAAUCCCUGUUGGUUUGGCCAACGGGCAACUUAUCCCUUGAAAGAUGGCUCUGCAGGGAGUCGAGUCAGUCAACAACAUUCCCGUGACUUCUCUAAUAACAAGACUUUCGACAAAAACUACAUACGGUACAUGUAGCGCAACUCACGUACCGGGUAAGACUGGCUAGCUACAUGUAGCUCAUUCGGAGACGACUGCAUUUGAAAUGUAGUAUAAAAGUGGUUGCGCGUAGAUCUGAAUUCCUUCAAGAAACUUCAGCAACCGAAUUGGAAAGCACACGUUUUCAAUGUGCGGCAGAUUAGUUGUAGCAGUACCGUACGCACAGCAUGGACCGGUUCGGCAAGGUCAAAGAUUGCUGCGAAUUCAAUCAUUUCUCUCCCCCUAGUCGAUGGUGGUUUCGUCUACUGGCUAGAGAAAAAGCCUUUAACAUCGACGACCCAGCACAAAUGGGCAAAUCCUGAAAGCUCAUGGUUUCCUUGUUUAAAAAUUUGCAGCGUUUGGUCACCCAUCCAUUACUCCCACCAUUCAAAGCCAAUUUCAUCCAGCAUCGCUUUCCUCUCUGGUUCAAGUGAACCGUUUGCAAAACGUAUCCUUUGGUAGUCUACCCACUUACCAAGAGGAGUUCCUAUAGCAAGCUUCUUGGUGUAGCACUGCUUCAGCUCCUCAUAGCUGUCCAGCCAAGAUUUUUCAUAAAUCUCAUCAAAGUCCCAUGUAAAUCCAACUUUGUCAAGUUUUUCUUUACGGUCUGGUCGCAAGGUGCCAUUUUUGUUUCGUAUCCGUUGAUUGUGCACCCAAAUGCCAAGCCCUUCAUCUUCAGGAUAUCGAUAUGGCACACACGUAUGACCAUAUUCUUCCUUGAAUCUAACAACCUUGGCAUAUUGUGAAUUCCACAAAGUUUCCUGUUCUGGUUUCUUCACCUCAACAAACCUUUUAAGCCUCCAUUCAAAACCAAUGGAUUCCAGCAUCUCUUGUCUGUCCCUCCUGAGUUUGUCAAUAGUGUACAGACGGCGCUGAGUUCCGACCCAUAUACCCAGAGUGCCUUCCUUGUGAGGUACUCUGCAGUGUCCAUGAGUUGCCUUGUAUUCCUUCAGUGCCUCAAACAUUGCCAUCCACCGCCUCUCAUGCUUGUCCAUUUUGGCAUCCGUCCACAAGAAUCCAAUCUCGUCCAUCUGAGUGAUCUGUUCCUGUGUCAACCUUCCCCGUUGUCUCCUUAAACAUUGAAUCCAUAAUGCUAGGUUUGGAUAUUCUUUUGACUGCGAGGGUAUGUUGACUGUGCCAUGGAUCUCUUUAUAUUCCAGCAGCGCAGCAAUAUUCUGAUCCCUAGUAGGAUUGUUGACUGUGAGUGUGCUGAGGUUGACAUCAUUUUCCAGAUGUAAUAUUCUGGUUUCUGCUGGUUGGCCGCAUGUUCUGUUUAUGGUGGUUGUUGUUGUUACUGUACCGGUUUCAUGUUGCUCGUUGGACGAUAAAAACAACAACGCAGCGGGCUUAGUCCAAAGCCUACUAGUAGUCGAUGCAUGUUCCAAGUGCCUGUGAUAUCGGGUCGGUUUUCGGAUUCCGACGUCGGCAAAAGUAAAAGCCUUUGCACCAUAUUGAUGCUCGUGCAAUGGGGAUAUUAGGAUGCAGAGGAACACUUCCAGGAUAGAGACCAUGAUCUUCAAAAUAAUGAGGGGUUCAGAGAUGAUUAGGCCAGAGGUGAUGGGCUGAUUGGAACAAAUACGUCAAUACCAGCAUACCAGCACAUGUAGGUCAUGUACGAGUAUGUUGAGGUUACGAUGGAGGGAACUAUGGAAAGGGGGGCUAGAUGGUUUUUAAGGAGCGAGGGGGGCUGAGUUUUGGCAGUGCGGGACAUCUGUGGGGGAAAACCAUGAUUUCGGGCCCUUCUGUUUGGGCCUCUACAUG